UAGGUAAACCUACAAAGUGAAAACGAAAGUAGAAUUUAGUUUUCUGAGAUUGAUCUGCUCAACUCUGUGUCAUGAGACCAAAAUUAGACUUGAAGAAAACUACGCAUUUUGUCACACUAUUUCUGUGAUUGGUAGUCCAUGUUAACAGUGGGAAAAGUUUGUUCCAACCUUGAAGCCUUUAACUAAAUUUAACAACCUGACAUAGAUACAAGCUGGUGGCCUAACAGAAAAACAUGGACAACACAACAGAAAAAACAAAUAAUGAACAUUUACAACAUUCUUGUCCAAGCUCAGUGAUAUCUGCUAUUCCAUACACAUUAAAUGAAGAUUCAUCUCAUAGUUCAGAUGACGAUGGACCAGAUGUUUAUGUACCACCCUAUGACAUACCAUCAAUGAGUAUCUCCAAUAUAGGAAAAUCUUUUAGCAUAGAAUCUGAUGGUGAGCAGUUAGACCAUAGUGAUCCUUUCAAAGGUCACCAUGAAGUUCAAAAUCAAGGUCAUCAGGAGAACAUUGAGAAUGGUGUGAAGGAAGAAGUUAUAGAUGACAUUUCAAUUGAUGGAUGUAAUGAAGAUAGAAGCAAUGAUGAACACAUGGAUGAUGGGAUAGGUCGACAAUCACCAGUUUCUAUUUGUAGUUUUAGUCCAGUAAAGGAAACAAAAACAAAACUUGAUAAUUUUAGAUUUGAAUCAGAUAAACAGGGAAGUGGAAAUAUUAUUAAGAAAACAGAAAUAGAUUGUGACAUGGCAGAGGAAACAGAAAUAAAGGGUAAAGAUCAAAAUAGGGAAGUGAAACAAAUGGAAGUUUCAAAAGAGAAAGAAAACAAUAAAUGGAAAAAGUUGGAUGAUGAUGAAAUUUCAAGUACAUUUACUUCAAAGUCAGGACUAGACAGAAAAUGUCUUGGAAAAACUGAAAUGUUUGAGUCAGACAUGAGUGAGGUAACUAAGGCCAUGAACAAGGAUACUACACAGGAAGAUAAAUUAGUGGAUAAAAGUAAUGAUUCUCAAGUAUCUGGUGAAGGAGAUGUACAGUUACAAACAAAUAAGCAAAAUGAAACUAAGGAAUCUGAAAGUAAUCCUCAUGACAGUGUAAGAGAUGUGGAUAAGUCUCUGAUUGUAGACAAUGGAUUACAUUUAGAAAGAGGAGGAAAACAAAAUCAGGUUGAAGAUAAAACUGUAAGUAAAGAACAUCCAUCAGUACCAACUAAACCAGUUAAUGCAGUAAAUUACAAUCCAGGAAGAGUCCAGUGGGGUCAAUUUCCAUACAUGCAGCCAAAUUAUCCAUAUUAUAAUGAGGGUGCUCUACAUCAACCUGGAUUGCGUCAGGCUUAUCCUCCCUAUCCUUUAUCCCCACCGUACACUGGUUUCCAUGUGUCUCCUUUGUCCCCUCCUCCAUCAACUGGUAACCAGCAACCAGACUUAAAUGGAAGAAAGGGAGACAACUUGAUAGGUGAUUUAAGUUCGGACACUUCAAAGCUGCUUGUCUCGCCUAGUAAGAAAACUUUUCGGACAGUCGGAAAAGACGAACAUAAUUCUGAACAAUUUAAGGGUGAAAUAAAUCCUGGCAAUUUGUAUCCUGACAUAGCUCCAAUUAAAGAUGAUUCAGAGAAGGCUUCCCAGUCAGCAACUACAAAUCACGAUAAACCUUAUCCAGGGUUACUUCCUGAAAAAGAACUGGCUGAGAAUAAAAUGGUACUAGACAAAGCAGACACCCAGGGGAGCAAGAUUUUGAUAAUGUUCACAGGGGACAUCUCAGAACAUACACUGAUUUACUACUUUGAAAAUACCAGAAAGUCUGGUGGAGGAGAGAUAGAAAAUAUGGAUUUCAGUCCUGAUACUGGAAUUGCAGUUGUAGAAUUCAAAGACUAUGAAAGUGCAGCCAAUAUAUUGAAAAGGCAGGAUGUUCACAAAGUGUCUGGUGUAGAACUAAAAAUACAUGUGAUAGAACAAGAGGCUGACAUGGGUAGAUUGUUAGAGGAAGAGAAGAUAUUUGUUACUGGAGUGAAGAAUACUACGACUGAGGACUGUUUGAAUGACUAUAUGGAAGUCAAGUCUGGUGCGGAACCUACAAACAUUAGUUAUGGAGGGGAUAAAACUUCUGCUCUCAUUACAUUUGAAGACAAAGUUGAUUUUACCAAGCUGAGAAAAGGCUGUCUGACGAAACCACUAGAAGGCAGUACUUUAACAGUUUCAAGGGUACCUGUUACCAGAACUGUACUGGUAUCUGGUAUAGGUCAUGAUUCUGGGAUAACUAAUGAUACAGUGAAAUAUUAUUUUGAGAAUGAGAGAAGAAGCAAUGGACAUGAAGAUGCUGAGAUAGUAGAAUUUGACAGUGAUACUUGUGUGAUUAGAUUUCCAUCUCCAGCAGUGGCUAGAAGGGUAUGUGACAAAACUCAGAAAAUUGGCAAUAGAAGUUUGGAGGUUUGCCUAUUUUAUGAAUUUCUUGGAAAGCCAGGGAAAGUACAAGAAAUUCCAGAACCAGAAAUUAUCUCAGCAGAUUUAAACAUUUUGAAGUUCAUAAAAAAUUUACCAAGCAUGAAGGAAGAUUUUGAAAAGAAAUUAGAGGCAUUAUAUGGACACAUUGAAUGGCCAGAAGAUAUGGAGAAUGAUGAAGUUAAGAUCAUAUGUGACCUGGAUUUGUCAACAUCUGAAGGACAGAAAGCCGUAGAAUCAUGGCAGACAGACAUCAACAAUUGUACUGAGAAAUAUAUAUCAACAUUGACAACGAUGAGAAUAACGACCUUACCAGAGGCUUGGGGCGAGGUUGUGAAAGGAUUACGAACUUUGAUCAUUACUGAUCCGGAAAAGGCUUAUGUUAUUUUGGAAAAAGAAAGUCAUGAUAUUUUGAUGGUCGGUGACAGAAAUAUCAUUAAAGAAUUGUAUCAGGAUAUACAAAAAAUUGUGUCCCGUUCAGAGGGGAGAAGUUCACAGACAACACCAACUAAAGUUCUUUCAUUUAAAAAAUACAAGUUACAGUUACUGUGGCUAUUGAAAUAUUUUGAUGUAGUUCUGAAAAAAUAUCCCGGAUUAGAGGCAAAGUGUAAUCUGGAUACAAGAGAGGUAACUCUGUCUGGGAAUGUUGAAUCCAUGCAAUCUGCUGAAUUAUUUUUGCGUGAAACCACAAACUCCUUUGUGGUAAAGACUUUCAAGAUGAGCAAACAAAAAAAGGACCUGCUAUUCAAAAAAGGGGCAAGGGAAGUUUGGUACCAGGAAGCCAAAACUAAGCAGAUAAUAGCUACCUGGAAUAUAGAUCGUGGUCAUGUGUGUGAAAUGUAUGCAGACUCCAAAAAAGAUGCUGAAAGGGCAAUAAUAUGCAUUGAAGAUCUAUUUUUAGAGGAUGAAUUUGUGGUGGAUGAAAAUUAUGAAGAUUUUAUUCAAUCUUCUCAAUGGACGGAGCUUCAAGAUAGACUAGCAGAACGAGACGAGAACUGCUUCUGUAUUAGAACAGAUCGUGGAAGGAUUCAGUUAGCUGCAACAAAGUAUAUCUUCCAAGGAAUCAAGUUAGAUAUGGAGAAAGAAAUAGAUGAGUUUACAAAACUUCAUUGUAGGCACACAAAAAUAGUAAACUGUGAUAAAGGUAUUCAUCUUUAUCUUCGACAUAACCAUCAGAAAGAAAUACAGAAAAUUGAAAAAAGUUUGAAAAGCAUGGAUGUCAAAAUUACUUCAGACAAUCAAAAUUAUUCUUAUGAAAUAAAGGGAAAUAAAACAGGAGUUACCCUCGCAAGCAAUAAACUGGAAGCCUUGAUGAAAACUAUUCAUUCAGACAAACACAAACUCCAUUCCUAUGGAAUAAGAGAGUACUUUUUAUCAUCACCAGGCAAAAAAGAAACUGUAGACAUAGGUAAAAAACAUUCUUCUGUAGUACUCCAAGAGACUGAUUAUUCAGAAGAAAAAGCCAGGAGAGCUGAGAAAGGUGGGGAAUUGAGGUUGUCUGCACCAGGUGUUAAGAGAGUGUUUAUGCAUGACGAGGUGCAUAAGAUUUACCUUGUGGAAGGAGAUAUUACACAGCUAGAAGUAGAUGCUAUAGUUAAUGCUGCUAACAAUGAUAUGGACCAUUGUGGAGGCUUGGCUAAAGCUAUUGCAGAUGCAGCUGGAAAAACAGUGCAAGAUGAAUGCCAUGAAUACACAAAAAAACAUGGUCAGGUACAUGAUGGUGAUGCAAUCUACUCCAAACCUGGUAAAUUACCGUGUAAGAUGAUUAUCCAUGCAGUAGGUCCUGUCUGGAAAGGUGGACACCAAGGGGAAAAACUCUUACUCAAGGCAGCUGUAUUACAAUGCUUGGCGUUGACGGAGCAGAGACAUUACAAGACAGUCGCCAUUCCUGCGUUGAGUGGAGGAAUAUUUGGUUACCCCCUGGAAAAGUGUACCAUCACUAUUGUUGAGACUAUUAAGGAAUACUUUGAUCAGAAUGGCAGCACGACAACUGUUACUGGAGUAUAUCUAUGUGAUAUCAGUGGGGAAACAAUUAAGCUAUUCCAGGAUGCAUUACAGGAUGCUUAUAGCAAUGAAAAAAGUACGGAAAGAGGCAAGCAUCUGUAUUCAGAUGUACAACAACCCCUUAAAUAUCCUAGUCAUGAUUCUGAGUCAGAUUUACAACCAAUCAGAUAUCCAGAUAUUCAAGCUGAUGAUGCUCCAAGCAGUCCACUCCUCUACCCAAAUUCAGGGGAGGCAACUUCUGAUUCCCCUUCCGACAGGUCAAACCAUCAUACCGCGUCCAGAGAUACUUCCUCAGGAUCUGAUGGUGAUUUCAUAAAGGUUGUCAAAGGUCUGCUCACAGAGAGAAAGGUUGAUGUUAUUGUUAACUCAGUGAGUCAUAAUCUAGAUCUGUCUCGUGGCAGAUUGUCAAAAUCUAUACUGGUAGCUGCUGGAGACAUAAUACAAACAGAGAUAUACCAGUACAUAGGUACAUUCCAACCUUUCCAGAAUGUGGCAGUAACAUCAGGUGGAAAUAUGCCCUGUAAAAAUAUAGUCCAUGGUAUGUUAGCUCCCUUUGAUGGUUUGGACUCCAAAAGUGUCAAGAUACUUCAGAUAUUCAUAGGCAUGUGUAUGAAAUCAGCAUCUGACCAUAAGAUGACAUCGAUUGCUUUUCCUGCUAUCGGUACAGGAGUACUUAAUUUUCCUGUUGACAUAGUUGCCAAGACAAUGUUUGAGAUAGUACUUUUGUACAGAAAAAAGGUCCCUGAUACCAGUAUAAAGACUGUAGAAUUUGUUAUCUAUCCUGAAGAUACUGCUGCAGUUAGGGCUUUUGAGGAUGAGCAAAGAAAAGUGCUUCAUAAAACCAGUGGCCAAUUGAAUACAGAAAAUGGCAGCAGGCAUUAUCGUCAUGCCCAAGUAUCUGUAGAUGAACAUAGACCUAUAUCCAGUAAAGGAAGUACCACCAAACUUGGAAGUAUUGAUGUUCUUAUUAAGUGUGGAGAUAUAACCAAAGAACAAUCUGAUGCUAUAGUCAACACUACAUCCCAUUCCUAUGAUUUAUCUAAAGGUGCAGUAUCCAAAGCCAUUCUAACAGCUGCUGGUUCAGAUAUACAGAAAGAAUUAGUUCAGGAAGCUGAACGUUCUACAUCCAAAGGGUUGGUAGUGACCUCUGGUGGCAAUAUGAACUGUAAAUAUAUUUUCCACAUAAUUGCUCAGUCCACCUUGUCAGGCUGGGAGGCUGCAGUAAAUAAAUGUCUCACAGCAGCUGAGAACAGAAAAUUGUCAACAAUGGCACUUCCUGCUUUAGGAACAGGAAUAAAAGCAUGUAAACCUGAAGAUGUUGCAUCAGCAAUAUUUUCUGCCAUUAAGAAAUUUUCAACUGAGCAUAUACAAAAAGUAACACUGGUUGUCUUCCAAAAAGAAAUGGCUGCUGAUUUUAUAACAGAACUGAAGAAAACAGAUGGUAUGGGAGGGAAAAGGGACCAUACAGAUACAAGGGACUAUGGUCGUAGAGACAGCAGGGGCUAUGGACAUAGAGGCACCACAGGGAGAAAUACUGACCAUAGAAGUGGAUAUAGAGACACAGCACCCAGAGAUAAUGAGCAUAGAGGUGGACAUAGAGACACCAGUGGUAGAAAUAUUGAGCAUAGAGGUGGUCACAGAGGUGGUCAUAGAGGUGGACAUAGAGGCACAACACCCAGAGAUAAUGAGCAUAGAGGCUCAAAGGAUGGACAUGAUGACAAAGACAGACCGCCCUACCGAGACACAUCAAAGGAUGAAAGUAAACCAGAUACAAUUAAAUUCUAUAUAUGGUCUGAUUCUUGGGAUAGUAUUAAAGCUGUAAAGAGAGAUCUAGACAAAGUGGCUGAUGCUCAGUGUUACGAUAAAUCUAUUCAUGAAUAUUCAAAAGUUGUCCAUAAUUUAAAAGAUGAAAAGAUUUUCAGAGAUAUUGAAAAGCAGCAUAAAGUAAAAAUAACAGAAAGCAAAGGUGUAGUUAAAGUCCUCGGGUCACAGGCUCAAGUGCACAAGGCUACAGAUACCCUUCAGAAUCAGCUCAGAAAAGAAGAAACUCGGAUGAUAGAUUACGACAAAGCCAAAGAAGUGUCUAAUUAUAUCCAAUGGUAUUAUAAAGAUCAAUCAGCUGAUAAAUUCAAACCUUUCACAUUAGAACUGAAUUAUGUUAUAGAAACUGAAUUUAAAAAGAAAUCACCACAAGUUAGAAUAACAGAUAAUAAAGGAGAAAGAUACAAAAUUGACUUUCAAAAAAUGGAGGAAAUUCCUGCUCAUAGUCCACAUACAAAGAUCCCUGUACAGAGAAAAUCAAAAGAACAACAAAAAGGUUCUGGUGUAAAUCUUCCUGCAAACUGGACACAUGUAAAGUUAGGUGGCGGACAACUAUGUCAUGAACAACAGUUACAUCCAGGACACGCUGAGUAUGAUCGGGUCAAAACUGAGUUCCAGAAAACUGGAGGAGGUGGGACGAUAGUGAAGAUUUCCAGGGUACAAAACCCCACCCUUUAUCUUCAGUAUGCAGCUAAAAAGAAGGAAUUAUAUAGUAAAAAUGGUAAAAACCCAGAGCGAUGGUUGUGGCAUGGUACAUCAGCUGAUACUGUCGAUAAAAUUAUUACUCUUGGGUUUAACAGAAGUUAUUGUGGUAAAAAUGGAACAUCAUUUGGAGAAGGAGUAUACUUUGCCCCUGAUGCCAAACAUUCCUGUUGUUAUUGCAGAGCAGACAGUCAUGGAAACAAGCAUAUGUUUUCUGUACAAGUUUUGACUGGAAAAAUGUGUCAAGGACAUCAAGGAUUGAAAGUGCUGCCUCCUAUUCCUGGCAAAGGUCUCGUGACCUAUGACUCAGCAGCUGAUGAUCUGUCAAAUCCGACAGAAUUAGUUAUAUUUCAUGAUAGUCAAGCAUAUCCUGCAUAUCAUGUCUGCUUCAAAUCAAAGUCUGUGUUGGAUUUAUUUUCUUAAAAAAAACAACACAUAAUACAUAUACUAUUUAAAUGUACCCUAUGGUAGGAAGGAAAUGAUCGAGACAAUAGUUUUCAUUUUCUUGUUUGACCUUUGUCCCCAAGCAUCAGUGAUUUUCAGGAAUAUGUAAUUUUUUUUAUGCUGAUAUUCCAGUUUGCAAUAAAUGAAACUUAACAACUUUCUAAUAUGACUACAUCAGCACCAGUCAUACACAAAAUGUGGUGAAAGGAUGCAACAACGAACUUAUUUUGAUAAUGUUUGCGUUUUACACAUUACAAACUUUUUCAAAUGCCAUUUGAAUUCCUGAAAUCUCAAUAAUUAAAUCUCAUGUGUUUGUCCAUUGUUAAUCAAUCGCAUAAUAAGUAAACACACACAAGUUUCUGAAUUCACAGUCAUUUUAUUUUUUAUGCCCACGCGACAAAAUGUUGAGGACCACAUUAAUUUACCCCUGUCCGUCGUUCAGGAUAUAGAUACAUGGUUUGUCCUGCUAUCUCCUCCUAUAGUUUUUGAGCAUCAGCUUUAAUAUUUUGUAGGAUAUUUCUACACAUAAUAGAGGUGACUGCAUGUCCACAUUCAAAAAUUAUCAUAAUGCCAGAUAUUUGGACAUAGUCAUUUUUUGGUACUAGCUGCAGAAAGAUUCUAUUUUUUGUUAUUAUACCCAUGCUUUAAAAAAGUGUGAUGCGUUUUCAGAUUCAUUACUCAACAACUUCCUGUACUGAACACUUACAUAUUUUUACACUAUUAAAAUUAUCCACUUGCGGCGGGGG